AUUACAAAAAUAUACGAUGCAUAACUAACACGAGCUAAUUUUCAGUGUCUUCGAAACGUGUUAUUUCGUUUUCGGUAAUAGGGGAAUUUUUCAAGGAUGAUAUAUCCCAGCUCCAAUGCGGUGAAAAUGCUUUCGAGAGUGGGAAUGUUCUCAAAAUGCUAUUUGGUGCAGAAGUUUCAGCAGCAGUAUUAAGGGGAGAAGUCGCCGCGAGUAUGAAGAAAAAGUGUUAUACUGUGGAGAUUUCUUAUGAUCUUGAUGAUGGAAUUGUAUCAGCCAAAUGCUCCUGUCCAAGAGGUCUAGCAGUAUGUCACCACAUGGCUGCUCUUUGCAUCCACGCUCACCAUAAUGUUAGCAUGACAGAUAAGACAUGUUUAUGGAAUAAAAGGAAGCCAGCAGAAACUGAACAGGUCACAAAAAUUAGUGAUAUCUACAAACCCAUUUGGGAUUUAAAUCUGCUCAAAGAAAUGCAACCAAAUCUGAGAUUGAAACAUUCAGUCAAUCAGUGGGUGAUACUACUCCUGUAGGAUUUACAUGGUGGUUAAUGCCAGAGCCUUCAGUAGACCUCACGUGGUUACCAG